AUGGGCUUGCUGUCGGUUGAACAAAAGUACAACAUCAUUUUAAUGGCCGAAAGACAUCCAAAAUGGACACAGCUAGAAUUGGCCCGCUGGGCGUAUGAGGCAUACCAGUUGUCAUCGUGUCCAUCUCAGGGCACAAUUUCGCGUCUUCUGGCGCGGAAAAGUGUAUUCAUGAACUCCAAGGACCACGAGAAAGGGGCGAAUCGACUGAGGAAGCCAAACAACCUUUUGGUGCGACGAAUUUUACAGGAAUGGGUUUCGCAAAGUAUCUGGAAUGGAAUUCCCAUAACGCCUCCGAUUAUUCAAGAUACUGCACAGUCCGUAUGGCAUCGUAUUCCUGCCGAACAUCGUGAAGGAAAUGGGUCAUUUACUUACAAAUGGAUUACACAUUUUUUGUCCAAAAUGGAUGUGAAUAUUUCCAACCUGGACGCAGAGCUACCGAAACAGCCGAAAGUCUGGACUUUUGAGGAAAGAGGAACUUUGAAGGAGAUUUUGGCAAAGAUACCGGCAAGAGACUUAUUUACGCUGGACGAAACCUUUUUGGCAUAUAACUUGCCCAUGGACAACGCACAAUACGAGACCAGCCAAGUACAAAGGAAGAUAGAGGUCCUCACUGUAAUGCUUUGUGCUAAUCUCGAUGGUUCGGAAAAAAUGAACCCUUUGGUCAUCGGGAGAUAUGAAAACUAUCGAAGUUUUCGGAACCACUUUUCAAACGACACGCCUGAUAAUACGUCACAGACAUCCGUUGGCGAAAGAAUGGCACGUAAGUUUUCUUUGACAUUCCAUAGUAAUCGCAAGUCGUGGCUCACAAGUAACUUGUUUCAUGAUUGGUUAGUAUGGUGGGACAAAAGGCUAGUAGUAGACAAUAGAAUUAUUUGCAUUGUAUUGGAUGAUUCUUGCUCGCAUCGUAUUAUCAACUUGCGACUCAAAAAUAUCAAGUUGGUAUAUACCUCAGCGAACAGCAGAUUUUUACCGUUUAAUUGGGGGGUAUUGGAUGAGUUCAAAACGCACUAUCGAGUACAACAAUAUGAGGCACUUAUCGAGUUACAAGAAAAGAUAGAAAAAAGAACUGGAGAAAGGAAGGUCUUGACGUAUGAUCAAAGUGCUUUGAAUAUGUCCAAUGCUUUUAAGCUAAUCCAGAAUUCUUGGGAUGCAAUCCCAGUAGAUACCAUUAAAGCUAAUUGGAAAAGCUCUGGUAUUUUGCCACAGCAUAUGAUCCAGCUGAAUGAAAAUGUUAGCAUGGCUUUCAAAAAGAAUGAAGCCCUGGAGAGGAAACUCAAUGAAGUAAGCGAUAGAUUUCAUUGCGUCAGACAAUGGGAUUAUGAUAUAUUGCUUGAUCUUAAUAUUGAGAACAAGAACACCAACUUUUUGAGUUCAGAAGAGAUAGUCGAGAGCGCAAUUGUGGAUGAAUGGGAACCAGAACCGAAAGUAGGCACAUAUGAAGAUGAUUAUGGGGCUGGGAACUUUAACUUGGAAGCAUUUGCACCAGUAGCUGGUGAGGUAGGAGAAGAGCCCUUCGGGCAUGUAGUGCAUAUUGGUCCGACCACAAAUGCCAGGUUAGGUAAGGACCUCAUCGUUAGCAAUAUGAUAGACAAAAGCUGUGACAUAUUUUCGGAUACGGUACUACCCACAAUCGAUGAUAACCAUUUAGAAAAUGUGUCCGUGGCCACACAUUCUACCUCCAACCAAUUGUAUCCCAGUACUGAAACUGCACCAGCCACAUCAGCUUAUUUGGAUGAGGUCUUCAACGCUCUACCACAUGAAACACCUACUGCCCCAUCGGCAAACCCAUUGACAAGCCAUACUCGAAAUUCCCUCCCAGAUAGCACCUCACCAGCUUCCAACAGCUUACCUCCGGAUGAUAUUUUGUCUCUUAAUGAAGCGGAUCUCACCUUAGGUAAUGAAUUUGAUCUAGAGCCUGUCAACGAUUACCUGGGUCAGUCAUCGGCCAACCAACACGAGUCAGGUUUCGGCAAUCAACGUCUAGUAAUCCUAACUACCUUGCAAACGAACAUUGAUAUAGCAAAAUCCAUGGGAAAUAUUCUAAAGCACGCUGAAUUCAGGGAGGUGGGCUUGUCGGAUAGGGCUCUUAAUGAACUAAGGUUCAGCUACAAUAACUGUCUCAAGAAAAUAAGAAAAGCUAAACAAGCUCUUAGCAACACUGAAAAGAGGCAACGAAAUCAAAGAUUAGAGCGUCAUUUAAUGCAUCAAGAUCAGGCACUUGUCAACCAAAGCGCACCGCCUCCAACCAAAAUCCAUGGGCAAGUUGACAUAGUCCCCGCGCUCGGAAUAGAAAACAAUGCAUUUUUCACUAAUUUCCCACCAGGACAAACGUUAGAUAUUCCAUCGCAUCUGCAAAACGGCUCAGGGGGCUCAAGCUCCAGACCUUCAUCGUAG